CGACUUCCUCUCCAUUCAAACCUGCUCAGGCUCUGCUACCCAUGGAUUUAACUGGAGCUCAUUGCCCCGAGAGCUUCACUCCGGUAGAGGGCAGUAGCGCAUCCUCGAAAAGAGAAGUUAAAGGUGCGCGAAGAGUCAGAAACGCUUGCUUGCAAUGUCGCGAAAGAAAAAUACGCUGUUCGCGGACUUACCCUUGCAAAGGAUGCGUCUCAAGGGGCGACGGAGAGGCCUGCGAUUGGCAGGGUGGUUUCCCCAGUGGUGACAUUCCCGUUCAACAACAGCGUGUUGCAACACAGAGACGAGAAUUUGAUCAGAUUUAUGGCAGGAUAAUUGAAAUCAAGAGUCUGAUGACUAGCUUGAUGCGACAAGAUCCAAGCCUCAAGAAUCGUAUCGCAGAGUGGACUCAAUAUCAUCCAGAGUUAAAUGACAUGUGGCAAGAUUUAUUGUAUCCUAAUCCUUUCUCGCAAGCUCAACAACAUACGAGCUGUCCAAUCGGAUCAGAACUCUUGGAAUGGGCUUUUCCUUCGCUUUAUCCUCCUGAUUCGGCAGCUAGCUUUGAGAGUUGCGCGAGUAGUGCCACCACUUCAUCCACUUUUUACUCUCUAGGAAACGCGGGCUCUUCAUCACCUCACUCACCUCGGACAGCUGGUUCUUUCCUCACCGAAUCUGAAGCUACAUCUCCUGUUCCUUUUCUGAAACCAUGCAAAACGAGUGGUUACAAGUCUUGGCAGUAUUUACGAGAAGCACCUUUCCCCUAUCAACCUAUUCGUCCAAGUGAAAAAUUCUACAAUGAACCUCGUUCGCAACACAACGCUCCUGCACAUCACCCUUCACAUGAUUUCUCGCAAUUCCAAUUCUCACCUCAAUUUUACUCACCAACUUAUCUUCGCCCACCAAGAUUUGAAUUAGUCAAAGAGUCCUUCAAAGUUGGUGAUGCAGGUAUCGUGGAUGGUCUUCAAUCUAUGGCCAAUGUACAUUCAGAACCCAGCACAUCAAAUCCAUUCAGCACGACAAUGCCCAACCAACGACAAAGUCUCGAUGUCGCAGGAUACUUCCAGGGAGACCCCAGCUUUUACGGAAGUCGACCGACACAUAGAAGUCUUGAAUUGACCUCAGCUCCUCAAGACAAUACACUCACACCACGUAACGUGAAUUGGCCAGCGCAUGAUAAUCAAAGUUCAAAUCCAGCUACCAUGGGAAUGGAGCUUGAUAUUGGUAAGUUAUCCUUUGGUCAAGAUUGUGGUACAGGUGCUGAAAAUUUUCGAAUCCGUGAGUAACUAUAAUCGUGAAUCAGACAUUCAUACCACUCGUAAAUAAUUUCUAAACCUCUUUUGAUGUUUUCUUGAUGUGGUAUUUUGCUUAUUUUAGAUCAAACCCAACCACAAGCGUAUUGCCUAGAACCUCCAUUACAAUGGAAUCAAACUCGAUGAUCAUGUAAUGAAUAUAUUUCAAUUUGGAUAUUAAUAAUCAUCUUUGUGAUCCUGUGUGGAACUGUUUGAAUAUAGUUUUUUUACGCUACCAUAUCAAAUUAUAGAUCAAAACUUAUAUGUAACAUGAUUCAUUUAUUCUUCUCUUUGAUGUUUUUUUCUUCAUUCGGUUUCAUCUAUCAUGGAUCUGGAACAUUACAUGAUAAAUAUCUCUCUUUCUUAUCAUUUUGGGACUAAGUUUUUUUUUCUUUUUUUUGAGUUCAUGGACCUUAAAUCUUUGUCAUCUUUUUCCUAAAUUUUGUUGAAACAUUUAAGGAGAUCGGCAAGCUUGUAAUGCUUAUUUAUUUAUGUGGCCUGUUGUACCUUUAUUCUUAUUUUUUUCAAUAACAAACAAUUAGUGAUCUUUUUGAAAUCUU